UUCAUUGAUGUGCGUGUAGUGGUUCCAAUAGUACGAAAAGAGGGUGAAACAGGCUAGUAAAUAAAUGUCUCUUCAUAUCUUUCGGAUUCAAUAAAGCCGGUAUUUUAUUCUUCUUAUCUUGACAGUUCAAAUACCGCCAACAUUUUUUAAUAAAUGUGCUCGGGAAAACAUCUCUGAAAUUUAGUUGUAGAGGUUUUCACCGCAAUAAUGCGGUGGCCGGCGCUUAGGCCUAAUGUAGACCGUAGUGUGGGCUUUUUGUUUAUACUCCUUUUCUCCGAGAUCGGCGCAUUUAUCGUGCAACUUAAUUCAUAUCAUAACAAGCCGGGUUUCGCGCUGUUUAAUUGUAGCUCUGCUAAAGGUAGGCACUAUUUUUUUGAAUCUACUCUUUUAUCGAAUUUGACUAAUAAUUAUUUAGAUAUUGAUCCAAAUACAGGUGUUGUUUAUUUAAAAAAUGAAUUAACGUGCUCGAUAGAUAGUGUUAUUAAUAACAAUUAUUUAAAUUUUUUUAUCGGCUCAAAUCAAAGAAUUCCAUAUGUGAGUUCAGUGGAAUAUAUAAGUUUACCAUUUGCAUUAAAAUUGAAUAAUCCAUCGUGCAGAAAUGAAUAUAACAAUAACUAUCUGAUAGCUAUUAUAAAUGUUGGUAAAAAUAAUUGCUGGAAAAAAAGUCAAGAAAUAGUAAGUUUAUCAGAUAUUUUCCCCUUGUUUCAGUUACGACGAUGUGAUGUAAUUUAUUCGCAGCCUUUGCAAGACAGUUACUUAAUAGAAAUUAACGGGGGGCAAUUAGUAGCCGAUCGAGAUUUUUGCGCUUCCUCAAAUAGUUGGAGAGUUGAAUUUAAUGCUGAAGUUGCAUGCGAAGAUGUUUCAUUCUCUCAACCUGUUCGCUUAUUUUUUGAACGUUCUAAAUUUAUUAGAGAUCGACGAUCUCUAGACAAUAAAUCACCAGAAUUUGACCAAACUACAUAUAAAGUAACUGUUCCUGAAGAAGUUGAAGGGGGAUAUUCUGUUGCAAUUCUAACUGCAAAUGAUCCAGAUGGUGAUAACAUUUCAUACAAUCUGUAUGCUGCUCUAGAUUCUAGAAGUCAGAGACUUUUUGAAAUUAAUUCGCAAACUGGUGAAAUCAAAACGACCACUCAUUUAGACAGGGAAUUUAUGAAUGAACACUAUUUGAGAAUAACAGCUACUGACCAGCGAUUGCCUUACCGCACUGGUAGUGCAACUGUUCAAGUUAUUGUUGCUGAUCGUAAUGACCACACACCUAUGUUUGAACAAGCUACUUACGCAGCUUCUAUUCGUGAAAUGAGUCCAGUAGGUUCAACAGUUAUAACAGUUAGAGCAACUGAUCAGGAUAUUAAUGAAAAUGCUGAAAUAGAGUACAGUAUAUUAAAUCCAACGGGUGAGAAUGAUAUUUUUUAUAUUGAUAUAAAUACCGGGAUCAUUACAACUCGUAAAAAACUUGACAGGGAAACAACAGCAUUUUAUUCUCUUCUGGUCCAAGCAACAGACAAAGGAACCGAUCCCGAACAAAGGUCUACUGUUGCUACUGUUGAAGUAACUAUUUUAGACGAUAAUGAUAAUUAUCCUCAAUUUACCGAGAGGACAUAUUUAAUUGAUGUACCAGAAGAUAUCGAAUGGAUGUCUCGUCCUGUAGUAGCAGUUGUGAAAGCUGAAGACAUUGAUCAAGGUAUUAAUGCAGCUAUUCGUUACGCAAUUAUUGGUGGUAAUACUCAAGGUCACUUCAGCAUUGAUUCUCAAAGUGGGGAAAUAUCCAUUGUUUCUCCAGUAGAUUACGAAACAGUAAGAAGCUAUCGUCUAAUUGUAAGGGCACAAGAUGGUGGGCAGCCUUCGCGUUCCAAUACUAGUAACGUUAUUUUACGCCUACUUGAUGCUAAUGAUAAUGAUCCUAAAUUUUAUACCUCUCUAUUUCAAGAAUCGGUGUCUGAAGGUGUACCUAUUGGUCAUAGUGUGAUGAGAGUCCAGGCUUACGAUGCUGACGAUGGUCCUAAUUCCGAAAUAAUUUAUUCCAUUUUGCCGUCUAAGCACUCUGUACCUUUUACUGUUGAUAGAAUGUCGGGGUGGAUUUUGACGACAGGUGAACUGGAUAGAGAGCAAAAUUCAUUUUAUGAUUUUGAAGUCUUAGCCAAGGAUAGAGGCUCUCCUGCGCGAUCAUCGACAGCAUCUGUUAUCAUUCGAGUGCAAGAUAUCAAUGACAAUGAUCCAGUUUUUGAUCCAAAAUUUUAUGAAGCAUCGGUAUUAGAAAUAGAUCCACCUGGUACACCUGUUGUGGCUGUAACAGCUAGUGACAGCGAUGAGGAACCUCGUUUAAUAUAUCAUAUAAGUGACGGUAACCAUCGAGGACGCUUUAAUAUUAUUCACCAAAAUAGAGAAGGAUUAAUUUCUGUCGCUCAGCCUCUUGAUUACAAACUCGACAAAAAAUUUGUUCUCACUGUUACAGCUACUGACGCAGGUGGCAGGUUUGAUACAGCUAUUGUAAGCAUAAAUGUAAGAGACGCAAACACCCACCAACCUUUAUUUGAGAAAGUUCCUUAUACAGCUAGUAUUCCAGAAGAUGCUCCCAUUGGAACCACAGUACUAGUAGUUGAAGCUUCAGACGGUGAUGUAGGGGACAAUGCUCGCGUUUCCUAUUCCAUCGAAGAGAAUCCUGAAUUUACCAUUGAUUCUAUUACGGGAGCGAUAGAAACCAGUCAAAAGUUAGACCGAGAAUUGACAUCAGGAUUUAUUUUAGUUGUAACAGCUCAUGAUCAUGGUAGUCCGAGUUUAUCAGACACUAUAAAUGUAGAAAUUGAAGUGUUAGAUGUGAAUGACAAUCCUCCGAAUUUUCUUCUUCCUUCUUAUUCAGCUUCAAUCAGAGAAGAUAGCUUAGUUGGAUCGAGUGUCAUUCAGGUAUCUGCUUCUGAUAAAGAUAUCGGUCUCAGUGGGCAGGUACGAUACACAUUUAAUGGAGGAGAUGAUGGCGAUGGAGCAUUUAUUGUUGAACCUACAUCUGGAAUCAUACGUACAAAUCAGCUUUUAGAUAGAGAAUCAACAUCUAUGUAUCGACUCGUUGUUUUUGCUGUUGAUCGUGGAGCUAUGCCACUGUCUUCAGCUGUUACUAUUACAGUAAAUGUUGAAGAUGUGAAUGAUAACCCUCCAAGGUUUGAUGCGGAUAUUAUUAAAAUGUUUGUUUCAGAAAAUAGCCCUAUAGGAUCAUUAGUCGGAGAAAUUAUAGCGAGUGAUCCUGAUGAAGGUACUAAUGCGGAAAUUUUUUACAGUAUUGUAGGUGGUCCAGAUGCCGAUAAGUUUAGUCUAAUGUCUCGAAAUGGGGGAUCAUCUGAAUUAAUUACAAAAACAUAUUUGGAUUAUGAAACAAGUAAAAAGAAAUAUUCAAUAAUUGUUAGAGCAGCUUCUCCACCUUUAAGAAGUGACGUAGAAGUAAACAUUUGGGUAACUGAUGUAAAUGAUAAUGCACCACGUCUCACUGAUUUCGUCAUCAUUUUUAAUCACCAUAAAUAUCAUUUUCCUAAAAAUCCUAUUGGAAGAGUACCAGCCCAUGAUGCUGACGUAACGGAUCGACUAAGAUAUAAAUUCAUAUCUGGAAACAAUGCCAAUUUAUUGCUUCUGGAUGAAACAACAGGAGAGCUAUCUUUGAGCCCACAUUUAGACUCCAAUGUACCUCUCCAUGCUGUAAUGGAAGUUAGCGUUUUUGACGGUAUUAAUGAAGUUUCAGCUCAAUGUCAACUCGUAGUGCAACAUGUAACAGAUUCGAUGUUAUUUAACAGUGCAACACUUCGGCUCGAGCGAAUGACUGCUGCAACAUUUUUAUCGCCAAUUUUUGAAGAUUUUGUUGAAGGUCUUUCAGCUAUUAUACCUUGUCCUAAGGAAAACCUAUUUAUCUUUAGCAUUCAGGAAGAUACUUCUUCCGAGGAAGGGGUUUUAAAUGUGAGUUUUUCUGCAAAACCUGCAGAAGCACAACAAGAUACAUAUUUUUCUUCUCAGUAUUUACAAGAAAGAGUCUAUCUUGGACGAGCUAUACUUGCCAGAUUGACGCAUGUUCAUGUUUUACCAUUUGAAGAUAAUUUAUGUGUGCGUGAACCAUGCAUAAAUUUUGCCCAAUGCCUAUCUGUUCUUAAGUUUGGAAACGCAUCAAAUUUCUUUGUAUCUGAUAUGUAUUUUUUUAGAUCAAUUAUUCCUGUAAAUACUUUUGCUUGUCGUUGCCCACCUGGAUUCACAGGUAUGAAUUAUAAUUUUGAAUGUGAUACUGAAAUCAAUCUUUGUUAUUCAAAUCCUUGUUUAAAUGGAGGAACCUGUGAAAGAAGUGAAGGUGGAUAUUAUUGUUUCUGUAAACAAAAUUACACAGGAGAAAGAUGUGAAGUAAACUUGACCAACAGUACUUGUUAUCUAGAGCUUUGUAGAGGAGGAGCACAUUGUUCAAAUAACUUCAUAAGCUGUAAAAACUGCUCAGUUGAAACUUGUGAACUAAGAGCUCGAAGUUUUGAGAAAGGAACUUAUCUUACUUUUCCAGCUUUGCGACAAAGACAUAGACUUUCUAUCACUUUAAAGUUUGCCACUCAAGAAAGACAUGCUCUUUUAUUGUAUAAUGGCCGUUAUAAUGACAAACAUGAUUUCAUUUCAUUAGAAAUUGUUAAUGCACAUUUAUUAUUUUCAUUCUCACUUGGUGAACAAGUUUCCAAAGUAUCCAUUAAAUAUGGAGUGAGUGAUGGGCAAUGGCACACAGUUCAAAUGACUUAUUUUAAUCGAAGUGCUACUUUAAGUGUUGACAACUGUGAUGUUGGUCUUUCUUUGAAGCACGGAAAACAACUAGGAAAUUAUUUCUGUGCCAAUACUACGAAAAUAAAACUGGAGAGAAGGUGUUCAGAUUUGAAGCAAACUUGCUAUAGAUUUCUUGAUUUAACUGGACCUUUGCAAAUUGGAGGAUUACCCUCCUUAUUAAGUGAUUUUCAAGUACAAAACAAAAAUUUUAAUGGAUGUAUAAAGGAUUUGUAUGUGGAUAAUCAACUAGUAAACUUAAAUAGUUUUGUGGCCAAUAAUGGAACAACUGUGGGAUGUCCUCAAAAAAUGGGAUAUUGUCAUUCUUCUCCCUGCAAAAAUGGAGGAACUUGUGUCGAAGGUUGGGGAUCUUAUUACUGUACUUGUCCUACUGGAUUUGUAGAAAAGGAUUGUAGUGAAGGUGUAGCAAUUGUUAGGCAUUUUAUUGGAGAUGGUUUUAUGGUUUUCCUCCCACAUUUGUACCCAAUACAGCUGCCAUGGAUACAAAAAGUAUCAUUUAGGACACAUCAUGAUGAUGGUUUAUUGCUACAAAUUAAGCUAGGUCACAACAGCCUAAUUAUAAUAGAUGUAAUUGAUGGGUAUAUUAGAUAUAUUUUCAAUAAUCAGGAUCUCAUUUUGUCACAUGUCACAGUUAAUGAUGGAAACUGGCAUACUGUUGAAGCAACAUGGUUUCCAAAGUGGUUGUUGUUAUCAUUGGACUAUGGAAAAUAUAUUAUGAAAAAAGUUAUGAAAGCAAAUAUACAAGGUAUGCGUAUUGGCAAAGUAUCUGUAGGGGGUAUAGAAACUAUUGAAGAUGAAGAAAAAGUUACAUUCUUUAAUGGAUGCAUUCAGGAUGUUAAAAUUGGAAAUAAUCAAGCUUCUUGGUCAAGACCUAUUAUAGAAGUGAAUGUUAGGGACACUUGUUUUUCUCAAAAUCAUUGUGAAUCUAAUCCUUGCCCACGUAACAGUCAUUGUAUAAAUCAUUGGGGGAAUUAUUCUUGUGAAUGUGAAAAAGGAUACGUUGGACUCAAUUGCUUACCUGUUUGCCAAAUUAAUCCAUGUAGUAAUUCAUCAACUUGUGAAACAUCAAACAAGACUUUAGAGGAUAAGCUAUAUAGUUGUAACUGUGAUGCUCGAUAUACUGGAGCUUAUUGUGAAACUCUGGUAGAUCUUGUAUGUCCCUCAAAUUGGUGGGGGUACCCUAUUUGUGGACCAUGUAAUUGUGACACAAGCAAAGGAUACAGUGCAGACUGUAAUAAGAAAACUGGAGAAUGCAUUUGUGAGGAUAACCAUUUUCAACCUCCUGAUAGCAUGGUUUGCUUUAGUUGCGAAUGCUAUUCUGUGGGCUCUUAUGGUAAUGGAUGUGAUCCUAUUUCUGGACAGUGUAAUUGCAGACCAGGAGUUAUUGGACGGCGCUGUGAUUCCUGUUCUAAUCCACUUGCUGAAGUAACUUUAAGAGGAUGUGAAGUUGUUUAUGAUAGCUGUCCUCAUAUGUUUAGCAGUGGAAUAUGGUGGCCUAGAACUUUGUAUGAUGAAACAGCUGAUGAAAAAUGUCCUGAGGGUUCAUUUGGUAAAGCCAGUCGUUUCUGUGGUGAACAAAAUGGAUGGGAAGAACCAGAUUUAUUUAGUUGUACCUCUAAUUCUUUUCGAGAAUUGGCCAAUCAGUUAGAAAGUAUCCAGAAAAGUUUAUUGCAGUUAAAUAUUGCAACUGCUGUUAAUUUAGCAUCUGAUUUAAAAGCUGCUGUCAAUAGAACAUUUCCUCUUUAUGGAAAUGAUGUUCUUAUUGUUAGUCACCUAUUCUAUUAUAUAAUUCAGCAUGAAAAGCAAAAAGCUGGUCUAGAUCUCAGCCAUCGACAAGAUAAAGAUUUUAUAAAGAAUCUGGUUGAAACUAUCAAUGUUAUUCUGGACCCAAUUUAUUCUGAUCAUUGGAAUCAAAUAACUGCUUCAACUGGAGCAGGAGUCGAAAUGAUUGUUGAGUCAUUUGAAGAUUAUCUCAAUUUGUUAAUAAAACAUUUCACAGAUACCUUUACUAGACCUUUUGAAUUGAAUGAAAAGAAUAUAGUAUUUGGAAUGGAUACAAUAACUUCUUCUGAGGUCUUGCACCCAUCAACCAUGGAAAUUUAUGAGAAUGAAACAAAAUAUUUCUCCCCAUUGAUAGAUGGUGUACCUUUUGUGAUACUUCCAAAGUAUAAUAACUAUCCUCUAAAAGAAGACCAUCCUGUGCAAAUAAUGCUCCCAUUCAACAAACUUGGCCUUUUUCAAGAGGCUGCAAAUUUGUUAACUGGUUCUUCGAAACAAGUUACAGUUCUUGGAUAUGUAAUUUAUUCAACUGUUGGACAGUUUCUACCACCUUUGUUUGACAACACUGUAAUGUACCAUGGCAUUCCUCUUGGUAUAAACUCUCCUGUCCUAACUGUAGUUGUUCAGUCAGUCAAUUCUUCUAACAUGGAAAAAAAUUUGAAUGAAGAUACAAGGUUACGAUUUAAAAUAUAUAACUCUACAGGAAGAAAUCCUCAGUGUGUAUUUUGGAAUUUUCUUGAAAAUCGAGGACAUUGGUCUAGUGAAGGAUGUGAUGUGGAACUCCAUGCUUCAGAAAAUUUAUAUGUGAAUUGUAGUUGUAAACAUCUUAGUACUUUUGCUGUGAUAAUGGAAAAAAGUCAUGAAGAAUUUCUUCUUACUGAAUCAAUGUUACAAAAUGUAGUUUCAUACAUGGCAAUCAUAAUGUCUCUUGUCCUGCUGGCUAGUACUAUAAUAGUAUUUUGCUUGCUUAGAGGUUCUCAGACCAACAGUAACACAAUUCAUAUUUGCUUAGUUUUCACCAUAUUUACUGCUGAGCUUAUCUUCCUUAUUGCACUGAAAUCAAGACAUUCUCUUGUGUAUCAUCAGUUUCCCUGCAAGAUGAUUGCCAUACUUUUGCAUUUCCUGUUUCUUUCUAUUUUUUCAUGGCUUUUAGUUGAAGCAAUUCAUAUUUUUAGAAUGAUGACAAAUCUGUGUGAUAUUAAUCAUGGUCCUAUGCAUUGUUACUUUUCAAUGGGAUUUGGUGGACCUGCUCUAAUAGUUGGAUUAUCUGUUGGUGUGAGUGUUGAUCAAUACGGAAAUCAUUUCUUUUGCUGGCUUUCUGUCCAUGAAAAUGUUGUAUGGAGCUUAGUUGGACCAAUAUGCAUUAUUGUUAUACUGACAUUAAUAGUUUUUCUAUCAGCUUUAAAAUCAAGUUUGCACUGCAAAGAUUCAAUAACCGAUUUUGGAAAUCUUAAGACCUUGCUUUGGUUAGCUAUUAUGCUUUUACCUAUUCAAGGAUCAACUUGGGUACUUGCAAUUUUAUCUGUAAAUGAAACUCAUGCUAUACUUCAAUAUGCUUUUGCAUUUUUUUGUCUUUUGGAAGGAAUUUAUAUAUUCAUUGGCUACUGUGUUAUUAACAGAAAAGUGCAGCAACAAGUUCGAUUUAUGUGGUUGCGAGUUUUUAAAAAUGAAAAAUAUCCUGAAAUCAAUGGAGUAAAAUCUUGCACAAAUACAGUAGUAUAUCAGUCUUCGUCUAAGGUAUACCACAGGAGUAUUGGUAUUUCUACAUCAUCUGCUACUAGCAGGUCAACUACUAAAACGUGCUCUAGCCACUAUCGAGCUGAGUCAGAACCCAAGGUAUCUGAUAAUCAACCAUCGACUUCACAUUUUGAGGAAACAAAAUCUAACAAAGAAGUGUGUUGUAAACAUGGAAAAAUAUAUCAUCCAAUAUUGAAAAACAGUGAUUUUGAAAAUAAUAAAAGGUGUUAUGCAGAUGAUAUUUUGAAUGGAAAUCAUAUUGCUACUCCUAGCAGUCAAGCUUCUGCUGGAGAAAUAAGCAAUUCUUUUGACGAUUUGAAAUUUUCUGAGUAUUCUACUUCACCAGGUCCUAAAAUGGGUGUAAAUAUAUUUUCUUAUCCCCGACUACCUGGCUCAAGAUCACCUUUAAGUAAAACUUCAUUAUCACUUAAAAUCUCAAAAGAUCCGAGUCUCAGUUGGGGAAGUCAAAAAUCAUCACCUUUAUCUGCUCCUGUUUGUUCCAAUGCUCCACGAAUGGGAAUCAGAGGAGUAGAAAAAUCAAAUAUUUCUGAUAUUUUAGCUGAAACCAAUAGUCUAGAUUGUAGUUUUCAUCUAAAGCCUGAUUUUAUUAAGACUGGAAUUUGUUCUUCAUGUAGAUCUCAAAGCUUCUCUAAAGAUACAUAUAGUAGUACUGAAUUUUCUCAAUAUUCAAAACAAACAUCUGAUCCUCAAAAGAAGGUGCAUGCAUCAAAAGAAAAAUUACUUAGCUCUGAUCACAAACUCUCUCAUAAUACCUUGCAAUCAAAUGAAAACAUGAAAUUUGUAUUAAAAGAAAAAAUACCUUUUAAAAGUUUGCCUAGCACUAAUGUUUCAUUGAGAAAAACUGCUUCAAAUAAUGAGCUCCGAAGAAGUAUAGCAAAUGCAAGCCCUAUGAAGGAAACUGGUGAUGCUUUGAUUGAUUCAAUGCCUCAAAGUGAAGUAUCACCUGUGUGUACUCAAAGUACUCCUGAUACAGGGUCUUAUUUAGACCGAACAUCUCCUCGAUUAAUUGAUGAUACUCCAAGUGAUGAAGAAGUGCCAAUAUCCAUAAAUUUAAAUGGACGAAAUUCUCAAAGUAACUUUUUUAGCAUUAGCUACUUUCAAAAACCAAGCAAUUUUUCAAAUCCUCUCCAAAAAUCUGUUCCUCCUUUAGCCACAGCUGAAAGUGAUUCUGAAAGUUUACUUCUGUAUGAAAAUUCUCUAGUGGAGAAACUGCUCUUUAAAGUCAGAGAUUCUUCUGAGUAUGCCUACAUUUGAGUUUGAGCUUCUAGAUUAAAAUACUGUUAUUAAGUAGUAGUAGAUGUUUUUUUAAUGCAUUUAAUGACUGACUUCUUUAGAAAAUUUUCUUAGAAAAGAAGACAUCAUUAUCAUCAUAAAGAUCAUCAAGUGGUUUUACUUGAGAAUUAUAUCUUUUAUUAUAUACUAUAGGAAUAAUUAUGUUUAUUUUAUUUAUUGUUUUGCUUAGACAGUCAUUUUUAGGAGAAAGUCUAUCAAGAAUGAUUCAAAUUUAUUUAUUGCAUUCGUAUAACUUUUUUUAUGACAAAUCAUGUGAUACUUUAUCCCAUUUAAAAACUUUAAACUUAACUAUUUUUGGAUAUUGAAUAAUAAAGGAAAACUUAAUUGUUGCUUAACAUGAAAUAUGCUUAUUCUAGUCACUAUAUAUAUAUAUAUUUAUUCAAUAGUAGCUACUCUACCUGACCCUGUACAGAGGUAGAGUGAGCAGAUUCCUACAGUAGAAUAAACUUUUUCUAGAUAGUUGUGCUCCAUGGAUACAUGAUAUAUGUCGACUUGCAACAUAAUAUAAAAAAGUAAAUAGGUGAUCCUUAAUGAAGAAAUAACAGUAAUGAUUGUUACUCUUAGUUUGAGUAAAAAACUCUAUACUCCAUAUUUAUCAUAAUUUACAGUGUAACAUCUUUGAUUUAUUGAAAAAAAAGAAUAAAAAGUGGAGCUGUUUUUUAUUCUGUCAAUGAUGGCAUAGACAAUGUCAGCAACUCAAUUGUCUGUCUAAAAUUAUGGAGAUCUAAGAACAAAAUGUUUCAUUCAUUGUAAAAAAAAUGCACAUGAAAUUUUAAAAAUUGCUUUUUAAAUAGACGUAGCUCCAUUUUGUAGCAAAUUUUUUGUUUACAUUUGAUGUAAUAUAUACUUCUAAUGAAAACAGGUAACAUAUUGUGUCAUCUUGGUAGAAAGCUUUGAAUCUGCAAUCCAGAUUUUUGUUUCACUUUAAGUGAAAAUAUUUUUUGUUACAGACUUAACAGAUUUGUUAAUAUUAUAGAGUGUUCUAUAUUUUUACAGAAAAUCAAAGUAAUUUUUGUUACAGUAAAGAGAAAAAAUCUGGAUGAUGCUAUCAAAGUUUGUCAACUGGAUGACUUCUAUAUAUUUAACUAUGAGAAACCAAAAUUAGUGAAUGCCAAAAUUCAUGUUGUUGCUUUAUGUCAUGUCAUGUUGUUGGUAUAUGCCUGAAAUAUUAGUUGAAUAUCAUUAUUUCUCACUCAUAUUGAAAAUCUUUGAUAAUCAUUUACUGAUAUAAUAUAGCAUCUAAAAUUAUGAUGUGUAAUUUUUAUAUGGAUUUUAUUUUUAUUAGCUUUGGUUAUUAUUUGAAAUGUCAUUCUAAAAGGUUCUAGUCAGUUUCCUUUGAGGAAGCAAUGAAAUAAAAUUCAGACUAGUCUUUCUAAACUAAAAAUGAGAACAUUUUAUUCAACAUUAUUUUAUAUCAGAUUUUAAAUUUAUUAUGCAUUUUAUUUAGUACAGUAGUGAGUAGAGCCCAUUAAAACAAGCCCAUAUUUAAUGAGAUUUCAGAUUUAACAAGCAGAAUAGAAUGUUUUGUUUGCUUCACUGGUCACAUGUGUCUACUCUUUAAGCAAGCAAUUUUUUCACUUUUGAUUUAACAAUUUAACGAUUUCUUUGAUUUAACAAUAAAAGUAAAUUUAGAAGCAUGACAUGAUAUUAGAACUAAAGAAAAACAGUGAUAAAAAGUCACAGAACACUAUGAAUUGUUUCAAAUUAUUAAAGGUAUUUUAGAACAUAAUUAUUGUGAAAUAUUUGGCAGCAUAAUUUAAAAAUAAGUGAAUCACUUUUUAAAGUCAUCCACAACAGAUGCAAUUUUCUGAUAAAGGAUGUAUGCCACCAAAGCUGGAUAACAAGUCAGUCCAUUGUGUUGUAGUCA